CGAGCAGGGGGCUGGAUGUGGGAUGGCGGUGACUCCGGGGUGGGGGGGCGCGCGGCAGGGUGUGCGUGUUUGUGAGUGUGUUUGAGGCUCGUCGAGCAGCAGGGGAACUUGAAAACUUCCCUGCGUCCAGCGAGGCAGAUCUGCGACCGAUCGGGACCGGAAUCGGCUGCUCACAGUCCCGCUGUAGACCGACAGAGGAGGACCGGGGUCCGGUUCUCAGCGUUGGAACGAUUUCCGGGACAUCAUGGAUGAUUUAGAUGCUUUGUUGGCGGACCUCGAGUCCACGACGUCCCACAUUUCCAAGCAUCCGCUCUUCCUGGCUGACGAGAACGCUUACUCCCUCCCCGUUGGAGGUCAGAACCAGCGGCACCUCUGCUCUCCACCACAAGUCCCGCCCUCGGAGCUAAACGGACUUGAUGACACGGAGUCCUUCAGCUCUGCUCAGAGAAGUCCUUGGUCUGGAGAGAGCAACAGUCCAACUCAACCCAUUGGUGAAGAAGACCACGUGUACAGUUUCCCUAACAAGCAGAAAAAUAGUGAGUCAUCAGCUGCCAUGAACUCAGCCUUGGGCAGCAACCUGUCCGAGCUGGACCGCCUGCUGUUGGAGCUCAACGCUGUGCAGCAAAGCACCCCGGCCUUCCCCACAGAAGAGGAAGCAGCCCCCCCGCUGCCCGCCAGCAGCGUCAUCCACCACGUCCAUGAAAACGGAGUCGCCGCUCCGCCAGGCAAGGCCCCGCCGCGCGUGUUGGAGAAGCCCAAACGCAGCGCAGCGGCUCGGCCGAUAGAGGACGUACGGCCGAGUGUAGAGAGCCUUCUGGACGAGCUGGAGAACUCUGUGCCCUCAGCCGUUCCCGCGCCCUUGGUUGUGUCAGAGGGACACACAGGUGGACAAGAGGAAACUCCAGCACAGCAGCAGGCCAGGAUGUCGGCCUCCUCUGCCACACGGGAGCUGGAUGAGCUAAUGGCCUCCCUGUCCGACUUCAAAGUCCAAAGCAAUUCUGGCUCUCAGUCGUCUGUGAAUCAGGAGGCCGUAGAGCCUUCACUGGUAGCUGGUUCCCCGGGAACGACCCUGUCUAUAAACCCUGAUAUUGGUUCAGUGGAUACUCUCAUACCUUCUAGUUUCACUACUCCGUCCUGUACCCCUCUUCCUUUGGAGCUCCACAUCGAUGAAGAUGGUACUUCAGCCACGCCGUCUGCGGCUGGGUCCACGUUAGUCAACGAAUCGUUCAAGAGCCUUCAGUACUCCCGGAUCCAACAGAUCAAUCGUGGUGGCAGUGUGACGUGUGAGAUCACUAAGGAGGAGAGCCUCCGUGUCUCUAGUACCACAAAGCCUCCUAGUCAAACGGAAGACCACGCGUCCAUCACCCAAGUCUCCGCUAGUAAGAUCUCUAGUGACAGAGGUUCUAGUCCAGUAACCACUGCCGGCGGCUCCGGUCGAGUAGUUGUUUCAGGGAGCUCUAGCCCCGUUAGUCUCUCUAUAAACCCCGGUACCAUUGCUAGAACCCAGAGUCCCAGUCCACCUGAUCUUAGGCGCUCCAAUCUAAAUUGGUCUUCAAAGAAUCCAAGCCCAAUCCCUAAAAGCUACAGUCCACUUUCUAUAAGUCACACCCCAGCAGACAAUAAAAAGACUCCCAGUCCAGUAAAAGUCACCAGGCCUUCAAGUCCAGUUCCAAAAAGUGUUUGCCCAGAAAUAGUUCCCAAGAGUGCAAGUCCAGUGUCAAUUCCACGACUUUCAAGUCCAGUUCCACAGACUGCAAGUCCUGUGACAGUCCCUUGUGCCUCUAGUCCAGCACGGGUGUCCAAGGGUUCUAGUCCUGAUACAUUGCCAAUGGCUGCUUGCCCAGUAAUACUCUCAAGGAUUAAUAAUUACACAGUCCCAGGUACCAGUAGUCCCAGAGCUUCACCUCUUCCAGCUGCACCAUCAAACAGCCUGUCCCUCCGACUUACAGAAAAGCAAGACGGUGAAAUUAUGGAUUUAAUGUGGCCGUGUCGGGAACCUUUAUUAGAUGAUGCUUUAGACAAGCUCUUAGCCCCCAACUCCUCCGGAAUGAGCGACAUCCUGCCACCUUCUUCCGUCACGUCCGGAGAUGGAGACCGCUUUUGGGAGGAGGAAGACGGAAUUUACCCGGAUCUCAGCCAAGAUGGAACCCUGACACCCAUGACCGAUUGCAGCUGGAUGGAUGAGUGUUUCACCCCUUCGACCUGCCCCGGGACACCCGAUGCAACGCUGGACCUUCCUGCGCAGCAGCCCUCUGCUGUCGAUCGACUCUCUGCUUCUGGCCAACUGAAGUCGGUUAUCCGCCGCACCAAAGAGACCUCCAAUGUGCAUCCGAUGUUCAGGGAAGGAAUGUUGCGACGUAAAAUGGGACCGGUCAUUGUGAAUAAGAGCAACUCGCAAGACCGACUCAUUAUGGAGCUCCAGGGGAAACUGGGAAUUGGGCGAGUGGAGCGCAAGCGAAAACAACAGCCGGACGAUUGGAUGACCGAGGGAGUCGUCGUCAUGUCCAACCCACAGCGAACGCGGGACGAAAGGGUCCAGCCAUCUGUGGAUAAGAUCAUCAUCGUCCCUCCCGAAUCCCCCGCCCCACAGAGAAAAGUCAUCCCCCCUCCGCAGUCUCCCCCAGCACCCAAAAAGUUACCCCCAGUGAAGCAGACUCCCCCGCCACUGCCUCUGCCCCCUCCCCCACCCGCCCCUCCCCCCCCUCGAGAACCCCCCCGUCCUCCCCCCCGAGAACCCACCCCUCCUCCUCCCCCCAAGGACCCGACCCCUCCUCCUCCCCCUAAGGAAGAUACUCCUCCCCCCAGGGAACCUACGCCUCCCCCUUUCCAGCCCCCUCCAUCACCUAGCCCCCCUCCAAAGCCCGUCACGCCACCUCCGCCUCCCAAGGUCUUUGUGUCAGUGGGCUGUCAGACCGAGUAUGACCCCGUCUUCCCACCAAUGCAGGCAUGGACCCCCAUUCUUCUUCCUUCUCUUCUCAGCCUUUCUUCUAAACUUUGCUCAAGUGUGUUUUUUUUUUUUUCUCCAGUAAUUCCGGUUCAAAUCCAAGCAGUUGAGCCAUAUAAUUUGUCUGGUCAUUUGCACGUGUUUUCAACCGCCGGUGUCUAUUCGUGCCAAGUUGCAGCAGGUAGUCUCCUAAAUGCUUUGUAUGAAAUCCAGUCGGGCCGGGGUUGUGGUGGGAGCUGACAUUCAAGCUGGAGAGACUGAGCCCCUUUUCUAAUUCCGACCUCUGACGGCGCCGAGCGCUGUGUGUUCAGAGUGGAGAGGAGCGUUUACAAGCUUAGAGGCAAGAGCAGUGUAACAACCCCCCCCCCUGUCCUGCCAUGUUCUCGUUACCCUGUCCUGCCAUGUGCAGGAAUGGAAGACUCGCGGUGCAACUGGAACCCCAUCAGCCCCAUGACACCACGGUUACCAGCACAUUUAUAGCUUCUCCCACAGGACUUCCGUCAACAGGUCGGACGAGGUCAGAUGCAAGCAGGUUGAGGUUUAAUGUCCUGUGCCAGCCCUCCUUUAAUAAUCUGUGGUGUCUUUAGUGAGGAGGUUCAGGUGAGGACUUGAAUAGAAUGAGAUGAAUGAGCGCUGUACCGGGCAAAGUCUCAGUGAGAGGCUAUUUUAUUGGUGUGUGUGUGAGCAGGGAUGCUAUUUUCUCUGUCGGUGGAAUUCAACAGUCAUGAAGCUCCAAUCAUCAUUUGAGAUGGUUUGUGUUUGCGUCCACUGCUCUAAACACAUUCAAACACAAGCUGUUGAUGUUGGACUUCGUCAUCAAAUGCCUGCAAACAUGGAUUAAGAUUAAGAUGUUUUUUUCGUCCUGGCUAUUUUGGCCACGGUUUGUGUUGAUAUUGGAAAGAGGAGACGUCCAGAUUUUCCUUGGUUUACCUACCAGCGAUCCAGGGAGAGAUAAAUGUAACAGACAUUCACAAAAGCCGUUACAUAAAAACAUACGAACCACGUUUGCAAAUGAUGUGCGGUCACAAGAAGGUAAGUCUAAAAAAAAAUGAUCACGCGUAGUUAUUUGUUAGUAAAGCCUUUUUGGUAUUUUCUGUUCCACAGAUCCAGUCCCAGGGAAAGACCUCUCCCACGGGUCCCCCAAAACCAGCCAACAAGCUGGACAACAUGCU